AUGGACCGUUUCCCGAUCCUCUUCCUCAUGGGCACCCUCAUGGCCCUCGUCUCCGCUGGCCGUGACAAUUUUCUCCAAUUGCCCUCCGACGCUUCCACCGCCCAUGAAAACCACGAGGGCACCAGGUGGGCCGUUUUAAUUGCCGGUUCCAAUGGCUACUGGAAUUACAGGCAUCAGUCUGAUGUUUGCCAUGCAUAUCAACUACUGAGGAAAGGUGGUCUGAAAGAGGAAAAUAUUGUUGUAUUUAUGUAUGAUGACAUUGCUUUCAAUGAAGAGAAUCCACGUCCUGGAGUUAUUAUUAAUAGUCCAGAUGGCAAUAAUGUUUACCAAGGUGUACCUAAGGAUUAUGUUGGUGAAGAUGUUAAUGUCAACAAUUUUUUUGCUGCUAUACUUGGAAAUAAGUCGGCUCUUACCGGUGGUAGUGGGAAGGUUGUGGAUAGUGGUCCCAAUGAUCAUAUAUUUAUAUACUACUCUGAUCAUGGGGGUCCAGGAGUGCUAGGGAUGCCUACUAGUCCAUACUUGUAUGCAUCGGAUUUGAUCGAAGUCUUGAAGAAGAAGCAUGCUUCUGGAACUUAUGAAAGCCUAGUAUUUUAUCUAGAGGCAUGUGAAUCUGGGAGUAUCUUUGAAGGUCUUCUUCCUGAAGGUCUAAAUAUCUAUGCAACAACAGCUGCAAAUGCAGCAGAAAGCAGUUGGGGAACGUACUGUCCUGGGGAUUAUCCUAGUCCUCCCCCAGAAUAUGAAACCUGCCUGGCUGACCUGUACAGUGUUGCUUGGAUGGAAGACAGUGACAUGCACAAUUUGCGAACAGAGACUCUGCAUCAACAAUAUGAAUUGGUCAAACAAAGGACUAUAAAUGGAAAUGCAAUGUACGGUUCCCACGUAAUGCAGUUUGGUGACAUAGAGCUUAGCAAGAACAAUCUCUUCCUAUAUUUGGGUACAAAUCCUGCUAAUGAUAAUUUUACUUUUGUGGAUAAAAACUCAUUGGUGCCACCCUCAAAAGCAGUCAACCAACGUGAUGCAGAUCUUGUGCAUUUCUGGGAUAAGUUUCGCAAAGCUCCUGUGGGUUCUUCUAGGAAAACUGCAGCUGAGAAACAACUUCUGGAAGCAAUGUCUCACAGAAUGCAUAUAGACGACAACAUGAAACUUAUUGGAAAACUCUUAUUUGGCAUUGAAAAGGGUCCAGAAUUGCUCACCAGUGUUAGACCUGCUGGGCAACCACUUGUUGAUGAUUGGGACUGCCUUAAAACACUGGUUAGGACUUUUGAGACACAUUGUGGAUCCCUAUCUCAAUAUGGGAUGAAACAUAUGAGGUCUUUUGCAAACUUCUGCAACGCUGGAAUACAAAAAGAGCAAAUGUCUGAGGCCUCAGCACAAGCAUGCAUCAGUAUUCCUGCAACUCCCUGGAGUUCUCUGCACAAGGGUUUCAGUGCAUAAUUGACCAAGUAUAAUCGUUGUAACAUUAUGUACUGUACUUUGGUCAUGAUUUCAUAUACCAACUCUGUAAAUACAAAUGGGACGCUGGGGAUACCUCUACAUUGUAAUUUCGUGCAAAAUAGAUGCUGUAACCAAGGCAUUCCACUUUUACAUGAGGUGAAACAUGAGUGAAACUAUAGGGGCCCUUGGAAAUUCUAAUAUGACAUGGCACAAUUACGUGUUUGCAAACCAA